AUGCUUCUUAACGUCGGUGACCUCAGGCUCAUACGCGCCUCUUCUUGUCUUCAUCAUUGUUCUCUCAUAUCUCCCGCUUCAAAUACAUCCUCCCUAAUUCUAGGGCUUUUUGUUCAGGACCUCACAAAAGCAAAUCAAACCAGAGCAUGGGUGGACGAUUCACCUUCUUUUGCCGGCUUCCCCACCAUCAUUGAUAUACUAGGGCUUUGCCUUAGUCAAUGGUCAGAUCAUGGAGAGAGAACUGGUGGCUUUUAUGCAUGCAACCGUUAUGAAUCUCCAUCAAGUAGACUACUUUUAUGGAGGACGUUAGAAGACGUUUCUACCCCUGAUAUGCCAGUUGAUGACAACAAUGCAGAAAGUCAUCAAGUCACAAAAGAAACAUUACCACCACUCCCUGAUAAUUCUGAUCACAUAAGGGAGAAUAAAUCUUCACCAGGGGUAGUAGUGUCCCUUUUGAGAAACAGACCUAAUGGUUUUAUAUAUUCAAGUGGUGUUCAUGAGGGUGAAUAUGCAGAUCUACCAGAUUCUCUUCUAAACUUGUCUAAUGAAGAUGAUAUUCUUUUCAUGGAUGUAGAUGUGAAGGAUCAUAUGAUAGAUACAAUGGAUGAUGUUCCUAAUCAAGAAGUUGAUUUAUGCAGUGUUGAUGUAAUUCAUGUUGUUCAAUAUGAUAAGGCAUCAACAUCAGUAUCAUAG